AUGAGUGACCGUACCAGAACCACCCGAUACGCGAAUGGCUCCCUGCGGACCUGUCAGAAUUGCGCUCGAGCCAAGAUCCGAUGCAUUCGCUCCGUGCCCACCGGGAGCUGCGACCGCUGCGAACGCCUAAGAAAAACCUGCCAGUUUCAACCAGGCCGACGAGCCAACGCGGGGCCCAGCUUGAGCGAGAGCAAGGACCGGCGGAUCGAUGCGCUCGAAGCCAAGCUGGACCGGCUGCUGGCGCAGUCCACCAGCGCCACCGUCUCGGAAGCCAGUAUCGACGACAAGAGCCCCACGACUACUCCAACGACACCCCGUCCACCGCCGGAUGUGAUCGACAGUGGACUCCUGACCCUCGAGGCGGCAAGCCUGCUGCUGCAGGACUACCAGAGGACGCUGAUGCCGUACUGUCCGUUUGUCAUGGUGCCGUCGCCCGCGACAGCAGCCACCCUGCGGAGGGACAAGCCCUUCCUCUUCCUGGCGAUCUUGACAGCGGCACUGUACGAUAACAUGCCCCUGCAACGGACACUGGAACUCGAGGUCAAGCGCACCAUCGGCCGCUGUAUGAUCUUCGACGGCCCGGUCUCGUUUGACAUGCUACAGGGCCUGUUGGUUCAUCUGGCGUGGUGCCAGUAUCACUCGCGGCCACGCCGAUUCUCCCAGUACUUGCAUCUGGCCAUCAGCAUCAUCACCGACCUUCAGCUUGACCGUGCCCCAGAGGAUCGAUUCUGGAGAACUAGGGUGGACUUCAACGGGGAGCUCGACCGGGAGAUCUCGUGGGGAAGAGAAGAGAGGAGGGCGGUUGUCGGGUUUUUCUGGUUUUCGUCCAGCAUCUCGCAGAUCCUCCAGAAACGCUCUUCGUUCUCCUUCAUUCCGUAUCUUGAGACGUCAUGCGAGCUCCUGGCAUCAACCGCUGAAUAUGACUCGGAUCAGCACCUGCUGCAACUCAUCCAGCUGCAGCGCCUGUCCGAAAGGAUCAUCGUAGCCUCAGGGCAGCAUACCUCAGAGCCCCAUGACGCAGAUGCACUCGAACAGUGCUACCGUGACCGUCGGUCUGAGCUGGAUCUAUACCUUGCCCAGCUCCCCUUCCCGCUCACCGACAGCCAUCUUCUUAUGAUGCAGUAUCACACGGUAGAGCUCUACCUGUGCCAAGUGACCCUGUUCGACCACAAGCCGAGCGCGCAGCGCCCGCGGCACGAUUCGCCCUUCCCGAUCGAAGCCCUGCGCAUGGGGCUGACCGCAGCGCGCACGCUGCUAGACUUCUACAUCUCCCUGCCCCUCCGUCGCGAGGUAGCCUUUAACAACGCCGGCUGGGUGCAGCUCGGGUUCGUCGUGACCCUGGCCUGCAAGCUGGCCGUCGCCGCGGCGGACCCUCACAUCCACCCCCACAUGGCGGAUUUGACCCGCGCGCUCGACCUCUCCACCAUGCUGAGCCGGUGCAUUCUCCGCAUCCAGGCGCUGGUCACCUCCCAGAUGGACGCCCGCGGCGACCGCGAUGUGUUUUACCACUACGAGAAGCGGCUCAAGCGGGCGCAGUGGUGGUUUGAGAGUCGGAGCCUAUCCCGAUCCCAGCAGCAGCGGAAUGAGCCUUUACCGGUGGCGGGGGCUGGCGAAGCCUCGUCGCCGAGGAAUGCCCGUAUCGCGGAGAUCCCGGCUGAAGAGGAGUUUCAGGUUGGCUAUGCUGCAGUUUCGGGAGAUGGCUUCGACUUCCAGUGGCCCGGGCUGUUUCCGGACCCUACCUUCGAUGAUAUGUUUGGUGAUUGGAUGGCGCAGGGAUCUAGCGGGUUUGACGACUAG